UUACUAAAUCACGAAUUCCUUCUCAUACAAUUUGAUGACCCUUCCUCGUUAAAAAACAAGCCAGAGAAAGGGAUAGGGAAGUUGUAGAAAGAAGCUCGAAUUCCUUGGAGGCAUCAGGCAUGGCUGAUAAACUGGCCCCUGAGAAACGUCACAGCUUCACCCACAACGAUCAGAAGGUCUUCGAAUGGGACCAAACGCUUGAAGAGUUGAACAUUUACAUCAAUCUCCCGGAAAAUGUUCCUAAGAAGCUAUUCUAUUGCACCAUAAAGUCCAAACAUUUGGAAGUUGGGAUUAAAGGCAACCCUCCUUACCUUAGCCAUGAUCUUUCCAAUCAUGUAAAGACCGAUUGUUCAUUCUGGACUUUAGAGGAUGAUAUAAUGCAUGUAACCCUUCAGAAGAGGGAUAAAGGACAGACAUGGCCUUCUCCUAUCAUGGGUCAAGGUCAGUUGGAUCCCUAUGCCACAGAUAUCGAACAGAAGCGCCUCAUGCUUCAAAGAUUCCAAGAAGAGAAUCCCGGGUUUGAUUUUUCACAAGCUCAGUUCAGUGGCAAUUGCCCCGAUCCCAAGACCUUCAUGGGCGGGAUCCGAUCGACUUAAUCUUGGUAUAUGAUUACUUGAUGAUUCAAUUUCAUUUUGACCAAGAUUGCCCCAUUAUCCCAUAAAUCAUGGUUUACUACUUGUUGUCAAGCUAAAACUUGAUUUUCCGUUGUAUGUCACCAUGACUUUUGAAAUGGAAUUGAUUGAACCAAACCUAAUUCAUGUUAUUAACUUAAAUAUGUCUUGUGAUGGGUAAAUUUAGUAAAUUGUAGGCACUUGUGACCACUACUGAUAAGUCAUUUUUAGUGACCACUAAAGCUUGAUGUGGCCAUAUCAAUUUAAAUUUAAACUUGAAUUUUGCCAGCCGGAUUAACUAGUGGGAUCACCUGGAAUGAUACACACCUUCAUUUUAUCCAAGUUACCCCUCUAGUAUGACAGCUAUUGUCUGCUUGGUGCAUUUAGCACUCCUGGUUUUCUGGAGACUAGAGAUACAAGUUUUUCAUCACAUGCAUUAUAAGUUUAACCCAUGUGAUCAGCUGCACAAGUAUGUUUGUUCAUAAUAUAAAUCCAUUAUAACACAAUCAAACCUAUUAUGUAUUUUCACUGUUUCGGCAUAUCAGUAGGAGUCUAGCUAGGGACUCAAAGCUGAACUUUUAUCUCUGACUUGGUUGUUGUUUAAACUUCUAACUACCUGAUGGACUUGAAUAUGGAUGUUUUUAAUGGGACUGAAAUUUUCUGGUCUAGUAUUGGUCUAGUAAAUGUCUGGUUUAUGUGUAUUUUAUAUCUAUUCAAGUCUGGUCUGGUCUGAUCUGGUCAGGUUUGGUCUGAUCUGGUAUUCUGGUUAGGUCUAAUCUGGUCUGGUCCGGUCCAGUCCGGGACUGAAAACAGUCCAAGUCAAAACAUCCUAUGUAUGUAUUAAAUGCAUACAUUGAUACAUGAUACAUCAUAAAUGCUUAAUUGAGAUCAAAGUAAUUUUUUGAGGCAAGCAUAAACGCAUCCAGUUUUGACUAAUUCAACUUCAAAUUGAUCCUUGCUUGGUUGAUUUUAAAUGCUUUUCAAGCCUAAUUAGUUUUAAGGGUGUUUGAUGGAAAUCCUGACUCUAAUAUUGAGGAAGUAGAAGAUAAAGAGUAAACUUAUAGACUAAAUAUAGGAAUUUAUAACCAAUAAAUCAUAACUUAUAAAGCUCUCCAUAAUAAUUACGAAAAUGCCACCGCGUAUAAAUUUUUUCCAUGUUUCCGUAAUAUUUUUUGCGGUGGCACUUUCGUAAUUAUUUUCGAGGGGUCUAUAAGUUAUGAUUUAUUGGUUAAAAGUUCCUAUAUUUAGUCUAUAAGUUUAACUUCGCAAUUCUCAGCCUAAAAGCAUUCCUCACCUGAUCCGCUCCCUAUAUCCAACCCACAAAAAGGGUUGGAUAAUUUUUAAGUUUCAAAAUGAAGAGGAUAGAUCAAAAGUACUUCUUGGGGGACCGUUCACCGUGUUUGGGAAACUCUUAAUGCUCAAGGAACUUUCAGAAAACUUUUCGUUUGAAGAUGAAGAAUUUCUAAAAGUACCAAUUUGGGUUAAGUUUCAUGAUUUACCAAUGCAACUAUGGAAUGAUGAGGCAAUGAGUGAGGUGGCUUCCAUGGUUGGGGUUCCUAUAACCACGGAUAAAAUCACCCAAGAAAGGAUUAACAACGACUAUGCUAGAGUGUUGAUAGAGGUCGACGUCUCGAAGCCACCACCACUCUCGUUUCCUAUACGACUACCUUCCCAAAAGGUAUUCAAGCAAAAUGUGGUGUAUGAAACUUUUCCGAGUUAUUGCUUUCAUUGCAAAGAAUAUGGGCAUCACCCAUUUAUUUGUAAGAAGUUAUCAAAAUGUGGGAGUGGGGUAAACAUAGAAAAGGAAAAUUUUGAUGUUGCAGGAAAUAAAAUUGAUAAGGUUGAUGCUGCUACUGCUCGGGCAGAAACUGCCCAGAGGACUGACCCGCCCGGGCUGCCUCUUUACCCGACCGGGUCACAGGGGAAAUAUACUGCACAGAUCCAAAACCCGCCCGGGUCUUCCCAAAACCCGCCCGGGUUCCAGCGGCAAACUGCUCCUGCACCUUCUACAGCUUCUGCCGGGGGUACGCCUCGCGCUCCCAAUGUUGUCCCGCCAUCCAAAACUGUUGAUAAGGUUUCCGAGGCCGGUUUGGAAGAUGCCGAUAGGGUUGUGAUGCAUGAAAAAGAUUUGAAGUUAAAUGACGUUGUCAUCAAAUGUGCGGUCAUAAACGGUAAGGCACUCAAGCUAGAUGUGAAACCAUUUAAGUUCGUGCACGCGAGUGUGAUUAGAGUGGAUACCUCCCUUCGACUUACAGACGAUUUGGAUAGGAAAGGCCUUACUUUCACUGCCAAAUGUCUCGAGGGGAUGCCGGGAGUUACUAAGAAAAAAGGUGAGGUUUGUUUUGACUCAAAGUUCACUUCUCCUUUCCGAGCUUUCUUUGGACUUUAGAUUAGGAACUCCUAAUAUUCUGUUGUAGUAGCUUGAUUUUUUUGUGUGAACUUUACGUUUGAUCCUACUGUUUCUGGGACCAAAAUAUUGAUUUGGGAGGAGGGAAUGUUUGAUUUUGUGGUAUCCUAUAUACUGGGAUAUGCACCUUGCUUGUAACAUUGAAUUGUUAUUUUUUUUUCGAUUUCUAAUAUACUUACAUAUUAUCGAAA